GAGUCUUCGUAUGGGUUCGGAAAAGCCAAGUAGAGGGGGCUGAGUCCGAGCCGCACUGAUAACUAGGUUGCAUGUGACUAAUCGAGUUUGCCAGUGAAGUAGGCUACAAUUCAUUCCUACGGAAUGUUCACCUGAGAGAGCGAAAGCACUGCAAAAUAACAGACCGAAUCGUUUUGAGAAAUGUCGUGUCAUUAGAAGCGAAGGACGAUUGCACCGUAACCUGACUUAAAAACGGAAAUUACAAAUUCCCUGCUGAAGGAGCGUAGUUUACAAACGUAGUAAAGCCACUGGUGAAAACCCCAUACAUACAAAACGAAAAAAAGGAACAUGGCAACGGGUGGAUUUAAACCAAAUGCACAGACAGACUUUCUGGAGGAAUGGAAGGCUAAACGGGAGAAAAUGAGGGCAAAAAUGCUCGGGGACAUCGCUGCGGCCACCGGCGCGUGCACUGGUGGUAUUGCCACUGCGUCCCUGGGGAGCCACAGCAACAAAAGUGAGAUGCGCAAUGCUACCUCGAGCACCGAACUUAACAACAACGGCAACCCGGACCGCGGGACAUCAUACCCCAUGGCUCGCUCAUCAUCCUCCUCAGCCUUGAAGAGACCUGACGAUGACCCACACCCGACACCAGCCGUCAGAGGAGCGGAUACACCGGGGAGUAACCUGAAGAAGACGCCGGAGAAAGUGCCCUGCACCCCACAAGAGUCCAGCCCGACUGCAUGCAAUGACCAUGGCAGUGACAAGGAGAGCCCCUCACCCAGUAAAGGCAAAGAGAAGAAAAACAGUGGUCCAAGCGCCAGGAAGGGGAAAGGACAGAUAGAGAAGAGAAAGCUGAGGGAGAAGCGCAGAUCAACAGGUGUUGUCAGCAUGCCGUCCACCGAGAGCCUGGAUGAACUGGAUGAUGAUGACGGAGGGGAUAAGGCGAAGGAGGAGGAGCAGCAGCUGACACAGCUCAACACGGAACAGAACGAAGCCAUGACCUCUGACCCAGGGGCUGCCACCCACUUACUACAGGAUACUCCAAGAUCCGAGAGUGGCCACCACCAGAGCAGCAGCUCUGGAGGUCCUGGUUCUGAGGAGGAGGCGGGUGGGAACAGUCGACACCGCCACGGCAACCGCCACGGCAACGCCGGAGGACUGGAGAGGAGGAUGGAGGAACUGGAAAAGGAGCUGGCCAGACAGAGGCAGGAGAACGGGCAGCUGCUGAAAGCCCACCAGGAUAAAGACGACCUGAUUGGAAAGCUGAAGGAGGAGAUUGACUUGCUGAAUAGAGACCUUGAUGACAUUGAGGAUGAGAACGAGCAGCUGAAGCAGGAGAACAAAACUCUCCUGAAGGUGGUGGGCCAGCUGACGAGGUAGAACCCAACGGGCCACGGAUCCCCACUUCCAAAAAGAACGAACCAACCCUCCUUCCAACGGAGUGCCCCUCCCAAACUCUUACACCCCCUGCUCUCACCCUUCCCUUUCUACCCUCGGCCCAAGUCCAGCAUGUCCUUUCUCUGUGUCAGUGGUGUCUCUGUUAUUGUCGCUGGGUGGAAGAGACAUUUGAAAGUAGCUUUUAGAGCCUUUGUGUCAUAUACACACCUUUUUAUUGUUCUGAGGGGAACCUGAAGCCACUGAGAGCUCUAGUCCUAUUUAGAUCCAAUGGGGUGUCUAAAGGAGGUUCUGUGAUGGUAUAUUUAAUGUAAAUCUCUUGUACAUAGGCCAUUUAGAUUUGUUGUUCUUUUUGAUGAAUCUUAAAAAGGAAAAGGAAAUUGAAUGUACGUGGUGCAUCACCGAGCACAUGAGGGAUGUUUUUGUUUGUUUUAGGAACUAAAAGAGGCCUUGGACAUUUUGACUCUAAUGAUCUGUUGACCAAGGUAUAUAAUGCUUGCCUAGGUUAUGUGCAACCAGCUCUCUCUGCUUCUGUUCAUCUGCAUCAUUACAGUGUAAAUGCGUUGUCAGCCCAGUGACCAUAUUAUCCAUCUCAGCACUAAAACCUGGUCUCCAUCGGCACGUGAAACAACCUGCUCUGUGAUGGAGCCUGUGUCAUUUAGACCAAAUUCAAGACAAAAUCCCUGCUACCAUCAACCAAAGUGGGCAUAAUGCCGAGCACGUUUACGGAGGUCUUUUUUGGAAAUCCAUUAGUUCCAUUUCCCCAAGGGGCAAAAAAAAAAAAGCCUGGUGCUUUUUCUGUUCAUGUUGAUGCCGCUUUUACUCUCUUGUUCCGAUUUAUACUUGGUACAUUUUAAUCACUGGGGUCGUUUCAGCUAAACUAGGGUAUGCUGGUGACAUGGGUGGGGGGAUAAAGUUGAAGCUUUAUUUACUGCAUUUCUACACAAUUUAAAAACUCUAAAAUGGUAUUCGGAGAACAAAAACAAGCUAAAUUGACUUCUGCCAUAAUACGCUAAUCUGCUAUUGCCUUUUAAUGGGGAUUUGAAUGAUUUUAGUAGCCUAUUUUAUAUUGUUGGUGUUGAGCUAGGAUAUGAUGACUGCCAUACUCAAUUCACGCCCUAUUUUUUUAACCCAGGUGGUAUAUUUUCAACCUGAAGUCAUUCAAAUAUAUAUAGCCCCAUUUAUAAAUCAUAAAAAGCAAGCAAUUUGUGUUCAUUAAUUCUAUGCUUUUUAGCCAUUUCAAUGUUGAAAAUGAAAUAUUAUAGUAUUGUUGAUGGGGAGAGGUCUUGAGGUUACACCCCAGUAGAAAUACAUGUGGAAUCUUUUGAAAUGCGUUUUGCAUCUGUAACUCAAGCGUUUACAGCUUGUUCUGUUUGCAAUAUUGAUAGGUGUAGCUGCUCUUGGUAUAUAGUGAGCAAGAGUUGUAGAGUAAGCUACUGCAGUGCAUUUUGUUGUAACCAAAUCAACUGAAGGAACAUACUUUUUGAAAUGAAUCUUUUUUUUGAUUUCUCAAGACAGUGAUGUGGCUGUGAGGAGUUCUAUUACUUUACCCAGCUGUAUUUAGAGCAUUGCAUUACAUACAGGGGCCCAUUUUGUGCUGAAACAAAUGUGUGGCUCUUGCAUCAUGUACUCUAUAAAGCCCACUGGGUGGUAAAGAUUUUAGGUUUUAGACAUUACUGGGGUACAUCUCGAUAUAGAAACCCCUCUUACCGGUAGGUAGACACACACACACACACACACACACACACACACACACACACACACACACACACACACACACACACACACACACACACACACACACACACACACACACACACACACACACACACACACACACACACACACACACACACACACACACACACACACACACACACCUUACAGAAAAAAACAUGUGAAACCAUGUGUUUUUGGAACAUUUCAUGUGUUAGUUUCACAUUAACCUUUCACAUUUUGAUUCAAAUGUGAAUCUUUUUUGGAGGAUAUUUUUCACUUGAUUUCACCGGUGAUGCCCUGCAAAUAAAACAGAUUUGUUAGAAUGCACACACGGUGCUUUUAACAAUGUUUUCAACUCCCAUAUUUGGCACACUUUGACAUACAUGAUUACGUUGUGUAUGUUUGUUUAUACAGUAAUUGUUAUUCCACAUGUCCUCGCUGAGGAUUUCAACUCCCAACCUCUUCGUUCAUGGCAUUCCGAUAUAUUCCUACACUUUGGACUUCAAAGCAAAUCUGUUUUGUUAAAAGUCCAUAUUUAUCGGUGUGAUUCAGGAGUAAUGUUAAAACAGAAUAGUAUGCCCCUCCAGCAUUAGACAACUGUACAGAAAACCCUCAAAUUGCUGCAAUAAGUAAAUGAGUUAAAUGAUGAGAGAAUAGUCAGAUUAACUAAAGUAAAAUGGCAGUGUAGAUGGCACUCUUUUGGUAAGUGCAGAGAUGUAGGGGAAUGCUUCAGAGUUUGUGCCACAACCGAAAGAUCAGUUUACCACAAAUCCAGACUAUGUUAAGAGUUUAAAUCCCAGGUGGCCUCAUAUUGAUUUUCCUAUUUUAGCUAAACAGCGUACCACUUACUUUAAAACCUCCAUACCAUGUAUUUACUUAUCAUGUUACAUCUUGAUGAAUUGUAAAACAAAGGUCUUGAACAUCUUACAAACAUGUUCCUCAAUGACUUUAUUGGGAUGUUGUGUUGUGGUCCACUGGAGUUUUUGUUGUUGUCUAGUUCCAGUUUUGUUCCAGGGACGUCCCCAAGGACGUUGUUAGGAUGUUCUUGGAAUGUUGUCAUGGUCCCCUGGAGGUCUUAUCUAGUUCCUGGUUUGUUCCAAGGAUUUUCCCCAGGAUGUUCUUAGCACAUUCCUGGGAUGUUGUCAUGGUCCCCUGGAGGUUUUGUCUAGUUCCCGGUUUGUUUCAAAAAUGUCCCCCAGGAUGUUUUUAGCACAUUCUUGGGAUGAUGUUGUCAUGGUCCCCCGAAGGUUUUUGUCUAGCUCAAAUGUUGUCACAUGUAGUUUCAUGGUGUCACGUUGACAUUUUGCUUCCCAAGUUGUCACGUUUAUUUCACAUAUGUUCUCACAUGUUGUUUUACAUGUCACAUGAACUUCAUGUGAUGUGUUUUUCUGUAAGGGACACACACCUCAUUCUCUCUACAUUAUGCAUGUACAGAAGAUGAAGUCAUUUAAUAAAAGUUUGAUUAUCUCUC